GACAAACAUGAUUGUCUUUUAGAUUAUUGGGAUAUUACCCAUCCUUGUGUAUUUAGUAUUCACCCAUCAUAGAUUUUGGAUGUGUGAUUGAACAUAUUGAGCUAUAUAGGCUGAAGAGUCUUUAUGGUAUUAUUGAUAAGAUUAUCUACCCAAAUAACAUAUUGCGGAUUGCAUAUAAUACUUUACAUUGUAAUCGACGUAACAUUAUAUUGCGGAUAAGUUAUUAUACUAUAUUAUUUAUUCGUUUUCAAUCUCCCGAUUGCAAUAGUCUCAUAUGAUUUCAUUACAAGUACGGAUCAUUUCAUGCUUCAUAACCAUAUGAAAUGGACUCCUCAUUGAUUAACAAACCUUUCCUGGCUUCUUAUGGUUACAAUAUGUUCAUUUUGGUGAAUGUGAGGGCCGAAAGACAUAUUACUAACACAUAUAGGCAUAUCAUAUGAGUCAAUAUGGUCUUACUUAAAAAGUGAGGUUCGAUACGUAUUUGGAUAAAAGAAAUUUAACGUUAAAAACUAAAAAUGAUUUUAAUAGGAUGUCAAAAAAUAUUAUAGAAUUUAUUGUGUAGACGGGGCAUAUUCACUAAGACAACAUAGUUAUAGUAUGAUGACAGACUAAUUUGCAAUAUGAAAAAAAUGUAUAUUUUAAUAUUUUCUGUUUAAAUCUGGAAAAAAUGCCAAGAAACCGCCGGUUGGAGAGCUCCCGCCCGAAAGCCAUCGCUCACCAACAAUCCAGCCAGAGCCAGCCAGCCGGCUGAACAAUGGCCAACCCACUCUCUCUCUCUUCCUUCUCUCACUACAUCAUCGCCCGCCAGCCCCGCUUCCAGCUUCCAUUUCAUAGGGCAAUACGCCUAUUGGCACUAUCAGAGACAGAGAGACAAGGGGAAAAAAUUGCGGGAACAAAAAGGAAAGAAAUUUACAGAGAGAAAAAUAAAUGCAGCAAACAACAUAGAGAAGAGUAGAAGAGGAGGGAAAGACGAUCUCUUCUUCUUCUUCCCACACUCACCUUCGUCCGACCCUCUCUCUCUCUCUCUCUCUCUCUCUCUCUCUCUCUCUCUCUCUCCUGUUCGUCUCCUUCACUCGAACGGAUUGUGUGGAGGGUUUUCCUUAGUCGAAAUUCUCCAUUUCCAAUUCUAUAGCUAGGGAUCAUAGAGAGAAAAGAGAGAGGGGUUAGAGACUUGGGAGAGAUUUUUCUGGAGGUGGGGCGGACGGCUAGCGAUGGCCGCCGAUAAACCCAAGAAGCUUUAUCGAGUUUGGAAAGGAAAUAAUAGGUUUUUCUGCGGUGGAAGAUUGAUCUUUGGUCCUGAUGUGGCAUCAAUGUUUUUGUCAAUGUUCCUCAUUGCUGGUCCUUCGAUUGCUUUCUGCGGAAAGUUAUAUUACACGAUUGUGAACGGAAAUGUCAAGAAUCCAGCCCAUUGGUAUGCUAUAUUGAUUGGGGGCUGCGCUCUCACCGUGUUGGAUCUGUUGUUUCUCCUAUUAACAUCUAGUAGAGAUCCCGGAAUAUUGUGUAGAAAUUCAAAGCCUCCAGAGUCGGAUGAAAAUUCAGACAUUAAUACCCCAUCCAUGGAGUGGGUAAGUGGCAGAACCCCUCAUUUGAAACUACCGCGUACAAAGGAUGUGAUGGUUAAUGGCCAUGCAGUGAAGGUCAAGUACUGUGAUACGUGUUUACUAUAUCGUCCUCCCCGUGCUUCUCAUUGUUCAAUCUGCAACAACUGCGUCCAGAGUUUCGAUCAUCACUGCCCUUGGGUAGGGCAGUGCAUUGGCAUACGAAAUUAUCGGUUCUUCUUCAUGUUUAUAGCAACAGCAACCAUCUUGUGUAUAUAUGUCUUUGUGUUCUCUUGGGUCAACCUCCUUCAGAAAGACACGAGGGUUUUGAAAGCUAUGUCUCAAGAUGUGCUCUCCGAUUUCCUCAUAGUAUACUGUUUUGUUGCUGUCUGGUUCGUUGGAGGCUUAACGAUCUUCCAUUUCUAUCUAAUUUGCACAAACCAGACUACCUAUGAGAAUUUCCGGUAUAGAUAUGAUAAGAAGGAGAACCCAUACAACAGGGGAGUAACAAAGAACCUCUUGGAAACUUUCUUCACAAAGAUCCCACCUUCACUGAAUAAAUUCCGUUCACUUGUGAAGGAAGAUCCUCCUUCUGUGAUGCAACCCGUGGCAGAGAAUCAUGGUGAAGAGUUUAAGGACAGAAGUGAUGUCGAAAGGAGAGCCAAGUAUUCAGAAGAGCAUAGUAGUUAUUCUCUUCCUGAGAUUCUGAGGAAUUUGGAUUAUGAUGAUGAUGAUUCCGAGGAGAACUCAAAGAACUCCCAAGAUGGGCCACCUACUUUUGACAACAGUGUCCCUGAUGAUGAUAACGUGAAAGAAUCUCUAGAGAUCCCUAUACCCGAUCGGGUUCUUGAUACACACGAUGAUGGCCGCAUUGAGGAAAUACUAAGAAGCUUGAGGGAAUCUUCUCAAGGAUCACAUGUCAAAGAUGGAGAGACUGUUCAAAGCAGCUCCAGAUCCCAUGAAGAUGGAAAUAUAGACUCUAUCCAGAAUUCAGCUGCUGGAGAUAUGGCUAUUGAUCAUCGUGUUAAGAAUCACGGUCAAACCUUGCAAAUAGGUAGCCCUCGAUAACAUCAAAGGUAACUUUGGAGAAAGAAAAUCUCUUCCCUUGAACUUCUCCUUCAAGAAAAGUCUUGAACCAUUGAGCCAUGUAAUGAAUGCAACUACAACUGCUCUCUGGUUCUUUUUACAGAUCGAAACCUCUUCUCUAGCUAGAGCACUAAGGAGAAAUGGGAAGCUGGGACCCGAGUUCCUGGUUACCAUGGCUGCCAACCAAGCUGACUAAGGUGUAGAUACAUACAUACAAGAUUUUUAAAGAGCUAGCUGGUUAGCUGCAUUUGCUGUAAGCUGUAAAUCGACCUCUCUCCAUCAUGGGUUUGCCUUUGUUGUUUUCUUUUCUUUUGGGGGGUUCUCUUCCUUUCUAAUAAUGCAGAAACCCUGGAAGGGAAAGUAUCCAACUUGUAAGGUGGAUUGGGUUUUCUGAGGAGUUUUUGGUAGGAUUAUUCUUUCUUCUUGAAAAUUUUCUUUUUGGGCUUCACUAUUGAUUGAAGAACCCACUUGAUUGAUAGUUUAUUUGUUUAGUAUAAGGUUGGAUACUUCUUGAGCUUAAUUUAGUUCCUGAGGAAAAUUCUUUCUAUUACAUUGGAGUACAGUUUCUUUAUAUAGUACUUGUUCUAGGAUGGUGACCCUUAGGUGAAGCUAGGGCACUUUCCAUGUUUGACCCUAUCAACUCUAUCAACUCUAUCAACUCUAAACAUGUUAUUUUCAUAGGGCACUGAUCUAACCCUAUCAACUCUAAACAUGUUAUUUUCAUAGGUCACAACUUCUUCUCCUCCUUCCUCACUUUAACAGCUUCAUCCCUUCCUUCCCUCUCUGCCUGAGUGCCUGCAUAUUUGAUUUGGUAUCCUUUCACUGCAUCUCCUUUCUGUCAGCCAAAACGCAAAGAACAAAAUAUUGGGAGAAGCUCAUACCGCAGCAUCAACUUGAACAAAAUGUGCAAAGUUUA